AUGACAACACUGGAUGCAGCGACCUUACAGUCCUUGUUGCAGGAGGUAACCAAUGCAGCUCGUGCAGCAGCAGAUGCAGCGAAGUCGACAGCGACCUCGAGCCCUACAUCGAGUAGCAGUGUGGAUUGGUCCAAGUUGCUGUCAAAGCCAAGCAACUUUGACUACAAGAGUCAAGAAGAAGAGAUUCGAAAAGGCAAGAAAGGCGAGAGCAAGGGUAAGCAGUCUUGGAACUAUGAGAAUCGAGAUGAAGUUCCAGGUCAUCAACAACAACAAGCACAGGCAUCAAGCAGUCCUUCCAGAACACCAUCUUCGAGCACUACAUAUCGAAUUGCGCGCGUGGUGGAAGAGCCCUAUGUGACUGAGAUCAAGGAGGUUCCAGUCUUUGACAUGAGGGAGCUUGGUGGUAAUUUUUCAAGCGAAGAUAGCAUUCGAGCUGUCCACUACUUCAUUGGCGAUGAGGAUGAGACCAUGGAGGAGAAUGGCGAUGAGACCAAUUGUCUUGCUGGGCAUGAGAGACCUACCAGCAUCAUCUUGGACUCAGGAGCAGAUGCACCUAUUUUUCCAGCUUCGUGGAUUUGGGCUGGAGAGAGAGUGGAUCAUGGUGGAGGACAUCGUCUUCAAGAUGCGCAAGGAAAUCGAAUUCCCACUUUGGGAAAGCGAGACAUCACUGUGGAGCUCAAGGACAUCCAUGGUGUCAUCAGGUUGAUCCAAGAGGCGCCCCACUUCAUUAGGAUGAUGCGAGCCACUUUGAACGAUGAUUUGAAGGAUUUGGACCAUGGUUGGCAACGACAUCAGUCUGGUUUUGUUGUGGGCUAUCAUAUCAGUGACAGGUUCAUGGACCCCUAUGAGUACAACCCCAACAUUGAAGAUCUCUUCAGGACUACGCUGAUUCAGUUUGAGGAUGGUCAUUGGGAGCUUGUGGAGAUGAUGGAGCAACUUGGAAAAAUGGCUCUUUUGGACGUGCAGUUUGACCAACCUGGCAUGAGAGGAGUCAUCACCAUUCUCACUGACGAUGAUGCGACAGUCCCUGAGGAGCUAGGCUUCAAGUUGGAUGGCGAGCUCAACACUGAAGAGAGAAGGCAGGCUGAUCAUGAAGUUUUGCAUGAGAUUCCAAAAGCGCCUGAGGACGAGAUGGAGAUAGCACAUGAGGCUGAGAUCCAGAAAGCAAUUGCAGCAGAGGAGAAAAUGGAUAAGGUCUUGGUUGAACCCUUUGAUGCAGACAAGUUGGUGGUGAAUGAUGGCCAAGAUGCGCACAUUGUCUAUGACGGGGAGAAGAUUUUGCUUUCCAAGUCUGUUCGACGAAUUGGACAGGACUGGGGCUUGAGUCUAGGGUUUUACAAGGAGUUUUCCUGUCACUCUUUCAACUACCAGAGUGGAUUUGGAGGCAGGAUCGUUCCAACAAAGAGAGAAGCUUUGGCGCUCCCCAGUGCGACUUCUUUGAUUCCUAUGGAGGCCAUCAUGGUGAAAGCGAAAGACCCAGAGGCAGAGGCAGUUAUUAAGAAGGCCAUUGAGGAGAACCGAGAAGAAGGAGAGUUGGAAAGAACGAGAAAGCAAGAUGAGAAAGCAGCAGCAAUUCCAUUUGAGGAGGACGAAAACUUCUUUGAGGCACCACCUACAGAGGAGGUGAAAGAUGUUUCUGGACAAGUUCAACAUUCUCAAGUUGCACCUGGUGAUCUUCCUGCAGAAGUUGGUCAACAAGCCGAGAAGGAAAGUUCAGAAGUCAUUGCAAUGUCAGAUGACACACCUUUGGAGGCAUUGAGAGGCACAGCAGGGAAGAAGGUGGUCUUUGAGAAGAAGGCCCCAAUUCAGCAACAAGUUGGUGCACAACCCCUAAAAGUUCCAACUUCCGGCACUUCAAGCGCUUCGUCAGCAUCUAUGUCUACUUCCACGAAGGCAACUUCAACAACACGACCUGCAGAAGCAGUAGCAGAAGGAUCUCCCAUCAAGAAAGCAAAGAGCGAGCCAAGCAAGAAAGCAAAGAUGAGGAGAGUUGAGGAGGAGAUGGAGUUGAAUAUCAGGUCCAUACGUGUUGGCGAGGAGGAGCUGUUCACAGUGGAUGAAGCAGACAUGGUGGCAGAAGAUCCAAUCAAAGGCUAUGGCAUUGAGGACGAGGUUGAGGAGAACUUUGUUUUGAAAAUUCCAGAGUGUCUUUGGUCAAAUGUGAGUUUGGAUGAGAUGCCAGAAGCACCAACUGAGGAGAUUGAGCUUGAGGCCGACAGGUUUGAGAUCGAAAGGUUGGUGAGAAUGAAUGUUUUGAGAGAAGCAACAGAGAAGGACGAGAACAUUCAAAGGAGCUUGACAGUGAAGUUCGUCAGAGAUUGGAGGAUCAAAGUAAGGAAAGAAGAUGGAGUUCAGGAGAAGAAACAGUGGUUGAGAAGUUUUCUCACUGGGCUUUUGGUGAAGCACUACAUCCUGGUGGACAACAUGGCAGCCAAAACGCUGGCAAACAAAAGAGGAGUAGGACGCAUUCGUCAUCUCAGUGGGAAACUCCUAUGGGUACAAGAGAAAACAGCCAAGGGUGAGAUUGUAGUGACCCAAGUCAGCACAGACUUGAAUAUUGCUGACCUGGCCACAAAGCCUUUGACAGCAUCGAGGAUGAGAACACUUCUCUACCUAUGUGGCAUUGUGGACUCCGAGAACUUCGAGCCCAUUGGCGAGAUUGACUAUGAGAACAUGCAGACAAAACGAAUGGCAUCACAAAAGGUUAAAAGAUUGGCGAAAGUGAUCAUGCGACUCAUGGUACUUGGUGAGCUUGGAGGAGCUGAAGCUUCACUACUUCCAGAAGGAGCACAUCAAUUUUGCAGAGCUGAAAAUGACCCCAAUUUCAUGGAGGAGCACUACACUACAUCAUGGUAUUUUUGGAGACAGUCGGGCUUAGCAUUUGCAUUGGUGCUUGCAAUCAUUGCAGUGGUUUUGGUUUUCUGGAUGGUGAGGGUUUGGAAGCAGCUUCGAAACCUUGCGGAGGCUGUGGAUCACAUCAACAACACAGUGAUUCCACGACUGGUUCAGAGCGAUGUGGAUGAUUGCAUUGAAUCACGAGAUGGACUUCAAGGUCUACGAGGUCAUGUGGAUCGAAUGCAGGCUACGAAUGGUGAGGCCUUUCGAACGGUGAGUGAGGGAAUCACCAAAACUCACAACCUUGCUUCACAGUUAUGGCUUGGUUUAGUUCGCUUGGGUGGCUAUGUUGGAGAGACAGGAGAACCUCUUGAUGAAGAAGAACUUCGAUCUUUGCACUGGCAAAACAGAGAGAAUGCAGAUGAUGAUGCACGCAUGCGAGACGGUGGAAGCAGGAGAUCGAGGUCAACAAGCAGACAUGCCACACCACCUCGAAGAGGUGGAAGCGAAAGUGGAGAAGAAGAAAUCCCGGUGAUUGAAUCACCAACAGAAUAUGGCCCACCUGCAGUAGUUUCAGAACCUGAGCCACAUCCUACACCAGAUCGAGAAGUACAUGCAGAAGAAGCAAACACAUCAGACGCCAUUGAGCAAAGCUUGCAGGAGGAGGCAGAUCGCAUGGAGAAGUUGGUGAAGGAAUUGAAACAACGAAGGGAAGAUGCAGCACUUGUAGGAGACGAGAACGAAGUUCUCUUAGGAGGCGCUCCUUUCGAGUAUCGCGAAAGGGACCGCCUGAGCGCAUCACUACAAGGGCGCAGCCCCAUGUACCGAAGUGCAAGCACUGCGUGGCCGGAAGGUGACCUCCGUGUGCCAAGUGGAAGUUUCUCCAACUUUGGCACGCCCAACCGAAGACCCUUGCAUUCUACGACCUCUUCGCCGUACCAGCCAAGUACCUACAGCCAAUUUGGAGGAGGUGCAACGGAGUCGGGAGAGUCGUCCUUGAAGAUUUACAGCGACCUCUUUGAGGAGGUCAUUGAGCGCGACCGCGUCUUUGGUCCGCUGCUGCGUAAGGUGAAAAGUGCUUAUGACUCCAUGCUACACCAGGAAGUCUCCACCUUUGCUCCGCUCGAUGGCACCGCAGGCAGUUUACGCGCCAGUCGAUCCUCAGAACCCACCAUGCGGGCAGAGGUGACGACGUCGGAGCCCUGGGAGUUGCACCGUGAAAACCAGGCUCUGAAGGAUCUCAUUGAGAGGCUUCAUAUGGAGCUGGAGGAAGCGGUGAAGCGAGAGCAGCGCUGGAAGACCAAGGCGGCCAAAUUGAAGCUGGUGCUCCAGCGCGUGACGCGAGCUUCGGUGCGCGUGGACGGACAAGAGAUCUCCAGCAUUGGCCAAGGCCUAGUCAUUUUGCUGGGCAUUUGCGCUGGGGAUGACAUCCACUUGGCGCAACGUUUGGCGGCCAAAGCCUGCAAGCUACGGCUCUGGGACGCCAGGGAUGGAACGAAGGCCUGGGCAUCUUCGGCCCGAGACAAUGGCUUUUCGGUUAUGGUGGUGAGUCAGUUCACUCUCUUUGCCACCUUCAAGGGUCUCAAACCCAACUUCAACCGGGCCCUACCUGGCGACGAGGCGGAGCCCAUCUAUGAGGCCUUUGUCUCCAGUUGUCGAGAGGUCUUGGGAGACGAGAUGGUGGCCACUGGCGAGUUUGGUGCGAUGAUGCAAGUUGACCUCUGCAACGACGGCCCCGUGACCGUGGAACUCAGCGGCCUCGGACACAAGGCGAAGGCGGUCGCCGGCGCUACCAGGCCCCGCGUGGCGCGGCGCCUGGGGUGCAGCUUGGCAGGAGCAGGGCUGCUUCAAAGGCUACAAGUGGCCCUUUCAGCUGGCUCGAAGCGGCACAUUUAUGGCCUACCGAAGCCAAGGAACUACAGUUGCUGGCCUCCCAUACCAGCUACGGUACCUGGGGUACCUGCGGUACCUGCGGUGCCUGUACCACUGCUUCGAGCCACCGGAUGUCCCUGA